AUGACGUGCCUGGGCCAUAGUUGUGGCCCGCGGGCGUCUGCUACAACAGGGGAAGUUAUGGUUUCCAAAACGUCUUCCCCCUCCGCCUCCAAUGGCGAGCUCUCGACGUCUCCGGUGGAGGCGCGCCGCAUCGUGGUCACCUACCGUCUCCCCCUCCGCGCGGAGCCUAAUCUCGACUCGCCGCACGGCUUCGAUUUCUCCCUCGACGCCGACGCGCUGCCGCUCCAGUGCACCCGCGGUCUCCCCCGCCCCGUGGUCUUCGUCGGCGCGCUCCCCUCCGCCGCCGCGUCGAUCUCUGAGUCCGAUGAUCUCGCCGCCGAUCUCUUCACGCGCUUCGCCUGCAGUCCGGUGUUCCUGGACCCCAGCCUCCACAAUGACUUCUACAACAGCUUCUGCAAGCGCUACCUGUGGCCGAUUCUCCAGCUCCAGUACCUCCUGCCGUUCACGCGCUCCUCUGACAGUGGCUGCCUGAGCUUCAACGAGGACCUAUACCGCGCCUACCUCACCGCCAACACGCAGUACGCCGACCGCGUGUUCGAGCAUCUCAACACCGACGAGGACCUCGUUCUCAUCCACGACUAUCAUCUCUUCGCGCUCCCCACCAUCCUCCGCCGCAAGUCGCCGCGCGCCCGCAUAGGCUUCUUCCUCCACUCGCCCUUCCCCACCUCCGAGCUCUUCCGUGCCAUCCCGGUUCGCGAGGAGCUCCUCCGCGCCCUCCUCAACGCCGACCUCGUGGGCUUCCAAAACUACGAUUACGGCUGCCACUUCAUUUCCGCCUGCUCUACGCUCCUCGGCAUCACCAGCCGCGCCCAUGGCGACUACAUUUGCAUCGACUACUUCGGCCGCGCUGUUGUCGUGAAGAUCCUCUCCGUCGGUGUCGACAUGGUCCGCCUACGUGAGGUGUUGUCGUCGCCCGAGACGGCAGCGAAGGCCAAGGAGGUUGCCACGAAGUUCGCCGGUCGCCAGGUGUUGAUCGGAGUAGACGAUGUUGAUUUGUUCAACAGGAUUGACGUCAAGCUCUUGGCUAUGGAGAGGCUGCUAGAGUCGCGGCCGGAGCUAAUUGGCCAGGUGGUGCUAGUGCAAAUCAACAACCCGGCGCGGAGUCCUGGGCGCGACACCGACACGGUUCUCGCGGAGGUGCAGCUGCUUAUGGAUCGGAUCAAUGCCCGCUUCGCCAAGCCGGGGUACGACCCGAUCGUGAUGAUCGACGACCCCUUGACGAUGCACGAGAAGCUGGCGUUCUACACCUCUGCGGACAUCUGCAUCGUCACCGCGGUGCGCGACGGCCUGAACAGGACACCGUACAUCUACACCGUGUGCCGGGAGCACGGUCCGAUCUCCAGCGGCGUGGCGGGCGCGCCGAGGGAGAGCGCCAUCGUCCUGUCCGAGUUGGUCGGGUGCUCGACGUUCCUGCGCGGCGCGGUUCGCGUCAACCCGUGGAACGUGGACGACGUCGUCGAGGGGAUGAGCUCGGCACUGAGGUUGAAUGAGCGGGACAAGAAGAUAUUACAUGCGAAGCAUUACAUGUAUGUUGUCAAGCACGACAUUGCCUACUGGGGGCGAUCGCUUGACCAGAACCUACAGAAGGCAAGCAUGGAUCAUGCGUCGAUGAACUUCUUGAGCGUUGGGCUCGCCAUGAACUUCCGCAUCGUCGUGCUUGAUCCCAACUUCCAGAAGCUCUCGCCUGAACACAUUAAUCCAUCGUACCACCGCACCGGCAACAGACUCAUCUUACUGGACUAUGAUGGCACAGUAAUGGUUCCUCAGGGACUGAUCACCAGACAUCCUAGCCAGGAAUUGGUUAGCGUCCUGAAUGAACUGUGCUCAGAUCCAAUGAAUACCGUCUUUGUAGUCAGUGGGAGGAGCAAGGAUGAACUGGCUGGAUGGCUUGCGCCCUGUGAAAAGCUGGGGAUCUCUGCAGAGCACGGCUAUUUCACAAGGUAAACACUGUUUCGUCCCAUGGUAUGCCCUUAGUUUGGUCUUUGGUUUGUGAAACAGGAUGCUACAUUGCUCUUGACAUUUGAUAAGUGACAGGUGGAUAAGGUGGCCUAGGAGCUAGGUGUGGGCAGUUUUUAUUGUUUGGUGUUUGCUAACUCCUCUCAUAUCAGGUGGAGCAGGGAUUCUCCAUGGGAGUCACCCAAACUGUUGUUAGACAAUGAUUGGAAAAACAUUGUUGAGCCUGUAAUGAAGUAUUACUGUGAUGUAACUGACGGGUCAUACAUCGAAGCUAAAGAAACAGCACUUGUCUGGCACUACGAGGAAGCUGAUCCGGUCUUCGGACCAAGGCAGGCCAAAGAGCUACAGUACCACCUGCGCGACGUGCUUUCCGAAGAGCCUGUAUAUGUGAAGAGCGGCCAUCAGAUUGUGGAGGUUAAUGGUAAUCCUCAGGAGGUGGUGGGUAAAGGAACCGCCGUGCAGGGACUCAUUGCAGCCUUGGGGGCCCGCGGAAGGAUGCCAGAUUUCAUCCUAUGUGUUGGCGACGAUGUGUCUGACGAAGACAUGUUCGAGGCUAUCAGUGCUCCUUCCAGCAAGUUCGCGUUCCCAGAGGCUGCCGAGAUAUUCGCUUGCACCGUCGGCAACAAGCCAAGCCUGGCCAAGUACUACCUGGAAGACCCCGACGAAGUUCUGAAGAUGCUCAAGGGCCUGAUCGACUCGUUCGAGGAGAACCAUUCCACGGUUGAGGCAAAUAAAUAGUCCGGCUCUCGGUAAAGCAGCGCAUUUUGAUCGGGAUAAUUCUUCGUUUUUUUGUAGCAAGGGGUUAGGAAAAUGGUCGGGGCAACAAAGGGACGAAGGCAAAAUCCACUAGGCUGAUAGGGUUACUGAUGGCUGAUCAUUAGCACAAAUGACAGGGUUCUGAUUCAUUUUUUUCACCCUGUUAAUAGUGUCCUUGUACAAUCUUCAGAAAUUUUAUACUAGAUCCGAGCGAAAACAGGGUAGAAGGAAAUCAUUGUUGGACGAUCCAUCAGUUGGUGGCUUUAAUUCUUACCUUUAGAAGAAGCUAAUGCUCCAUUUAGAUGUUGAUAUUAUAGGACAUUGAAUUGAAUUGGGUUCAAUACCAAAUCAGCCAGGGUAUUGAAAUAAGAUGUAAUUCUAAUU